AUGCAAUUCUUAACUUCCAUGCUCGCUGCUUCCGCAGCACUUGCAACCAUCGCCUCAGCAGCCAGUGUUCACUUCGUCAACCAAGAUAACACCACCCGCACCUUGAUGUUCACCCCCUCCUUGGUCUUCUCCACAGGCAACGAGACCAUCAGCAACCUCACCAUCAAAGGACUCGCCGCCGUCAACCAAACCUUCCCCACAGGCUAUAUCGGCAACUGGUAUUCCCGUUCCGACGGCGCCAACAAUACGUCCGGCAUGCUCGGAGAAGUCUGCUUUGAUUCCUGGAGGGGCAUGACCUAUUUUGACGUCAGCGCCAUCGUCAACCCAGAUGACAACAAUGGUGUCAAGGAGAUGUUCCCUCUCGGAACCAAUACCCCCCUCUCCGGUUGCCAAAGCUUCCCUUGCGAUAAUGCAUACAACGCCCCAGAUGAUAUCCAAACCCAAGCCACCGAUUCCAACCAGCUCGUCUGUCUCAUUGGUAAUCUCGCCAGCUCCAAGCGAUCCAUCGGUGGGAAAUUCCACAAGGAUGCCGUGGCAGGUAAAAGAUCUAGUUCUAACUAA